AUGGACACUAAGGGCUCAUUUUCCUGUGGCUUCUUCUUGCUGCUGCUCAUCCAAUUCCAAUUCAGCAGAGCCAACCCCAUCUACAACCUCAGCCCUGCCAAAGAACUGGCCACCAUGGAGGCUCUGCUGGAGAAACUGGAGGAUAAGUUUGCAAUAAUUGAAGCCCUGGAAUCCAAUCCUGACCUGCAAAAUCCCAAAACCCAGGAGGAGAUCUUCCCAGAACUCACAGACGACAGUGAUGAUCAGAAGGCUGAACCCAGGCUAGCACCCAGCACCCCUCUGUCCUCCAGGAACCCCUUCCUCAAGAGACUGAGGGGGCUGCAGGUGCCCAGGAUGAUGAGAGAUUCUGGCUGCUUCGGGAGGAGAAUUGACAGAAUUGGCUCCGUGAGUGGAAUGGGUUGCAACGGUGAGUUCUGA